CUGGUUGAUCUUACAGGUGAUGGAUGAGUUUCAAGAGAGUGUGGACAUGAGCACCUACCUGGUUGCUUUCGUGGUGUGUGACUACCAGGUCUUGAGCAACCUGACAGCUCACCAGGUCAACCUGUCAGUCUACACUCCACCAAACAUGGUUGACCAGGCCUCCUAUGCUCUCCGGGUGGCCUCCAUCAUCCUAGACUACUACCAUACUUUCUUUGGCCUCUCCUACCCUCUACCCAAGCUUGAUUUAAUUGCCAUCCCGGAUUUUGGUGCCGGUGCCAUGGAGAACUGGGGUCUGGUGACGUACAGGGAGACAGCACUCAUGUUUGACAAAAGGCACUCGUCAUCACGGGCACAGCAGACUGUUGCUGUGGUCAUAGCGCAUGAACUGGCUCACCAGUGGUUUGGUAACCUGGUUACCAUGUCAUGGUGGAGCGACUUAUGGUUGAAUGAAGGGUUUGCCAGCUUCAUGGAGAACAUCGGUGCAGAGGUGGCUGAGCCGGGGUGGGCCAUGCAGGAACAAUUUCUGGUGGAGAAGAUGCACCCAGCGCUAGAGCUCGACGCACUGCUUGCCUCGCAUCCCAUAUCAACGCCGGUCAAUGACCCAGCGCAGAUUGAGUCAAUAUUUGACACAAUUUCUUAUAAAAAGGGUGCAUCGAUCAUAAGCAUGCUGGAGUCGUUCAUUGGUCGUGCCAUCCUUCAAGAGGGCCUGCGACUCUAUCUCGACCUCCACAGCUAUGGUACCGCUACCACUAAUGACCUCUGGGAGGCACUGACUCAGGUCACCAGGAAGCAUGGCAACCACCUUGAUAUUAAGGUAGGUUAUUAUCUUACGAUCAAUAAAACCCUUUAAUAGUAAUAAUACUUA